AUGAUGAAGGUUUUGGCAUUAGCGUUGGUUUUGGCAGCAGUGUGUGUUGCAAAUGCGGAAGCCAAGUCUGAUCCUGAUCCUCACCCAUUGGCUCUUCCUGAUGACUCAAGUUCAUCUUCUGGAGGAAAGAAGUCAAAGCCUGAAGUGAAGAAGGACAAACCCAUGUUUGGCCUCACUUCUAGGGAGCAUCCUUUGUGCGGUCUCUCAGAUCAGUGA